AUGGCGACAGGAAGAGAUUCCACAGAUGAUACAGAACCACCCACAGUGGAGCCAGAGGGCAAGAGGCAGGCAGUAUGGAUGCUGGAACUGCUGCUGCUGCUGCUGGAAAUAGUAGCAACAUUUUGGAGUCAAUUUAAAGUGUCUUUACCCAUGUUUGUUGAAGUCUUUAAACAUAACAAAAAUUUUCUGGAAAUUCGGGAGGUGGUGAAAAUCAUUGGAAGUAAACACUUUCGGUGCCUUUUGGAGAAGCCAAAGAUAUAAGAAAAUGAGAACUUGAAGGCAGAAACUCAAACAGUACUCCAAAAAUCCAUGAAUGGUGGUACAAGGCAGAUGAGCACAGGCUCCCCAGCUCCUACUAAUCCUACUGAUCAACAACUCAAUCAUGACCCAGAGGAUGAGGAAGAAAGCAAGCACCCAGAGAACAAUCAGAAACAAGAGAACAACCAGAAAGUCCUAAAAGGAGCACUCAGUAGCAGAUUUCUGGAUGGUAAGAUUCCCAGCCAGUCAAAUGCCCACUGCAGCUCAGUACCGACUGGAGACCAGUCCCUAUCCUAUAUCCAUGGCUUCCCCAGAAGAAAUAUGAGAGACUGGCCCUUGGAACAAAUGGCAAGGGACAUUUCUGCCCAACCUGUCGAUUUUGACCAGAAGCGAAGUGGAACAACAAGAGAAGAUGCUUUCCUUCUUGCCCUGGUCAGAAAAGAGCUCAGAUGACACCCUUUGAGCUCUGGCUUACUACAAAAGCUGCAGAAAGAGCUGAAGACCCUGGAUCCUAUUGCUUCAGGAUUUCUUCUCCAAUCUCAACUGAGCUGCAUUUUCUUGAGGCAUGAAGUUCCUCUACAGUUAAUAACAGUCAAGAUCCUUUGCCAGAAAUUUUCUAGGAGGGACUCUCCAGAAAUGGUGAAUUAUGGAAAGCUCCUCUGGUUUUUAAAAGCUACAGCUUCCAAUGAUCCACCGCAAAGCAAAGAAGCUGUGGGCAGCAAACCGAGGAAAUCUCAGGGUUGUCAUCAUCAGAGUACUCCUCCUCCAGAGGCCAGCCCACAGUCAUAAGUGGGCGAGAACCUACUGGAGAUCCUGAUGGCACUAAGGACAAUCCAAGGCAAACUCGACAUAGAGGGCCUCAGUCUGAAUUUCCAGAAGGAAGACCACUCUUUCUCUGGCUCCCUGCCCCCCCUCCAAGUGUUGCCAGAAGUCAGGACUAUAUGAGGAAAACAUGGAUUAUAUCUAACUUUGAGUCUCCUGGAGACAUUGCUAAACCAUCAAGAUUUGGGUUACCAUGGUGAAAUAAAACGGCAGAAUUUUGUUGAAUUAUUGAACAAAGCUUCCUCUGAUUUGCUCACAGACCUCACAAUAAAUAUUGCUAGCUGUGUGGCCUCAUCUUUGGCCAAGAGACUGGAGGAGCUCUGUGCGGUAUACGUAUUGCCAGUGAGAUGCUUGUGUUAUUUUUGGUGGAAAACUCCAGAAGAAGAACCACAACCAAAAACCCUUCCUGCUGAGAUUUCAGCCACCUAAGAUCCCCUGAAUGCUCUGAAGGUCAGGCCAGUCUCACAGCCUUUUGUAAGUCCAACGAUGAAGAACCAGUCUGAAGAAUAUGAGACAUGGAUUGACAGGUUCAAGAAGCUGGAAAAUGCCUUCUAGCUGUGUGAUCAGAGUAAUACAGGAGUCCUGGAGAAGGAACGGACCAGAUGCCUCAUUCACAACUACAAUCUCAUUUACAACCUGUCCCUGAGCCCUCCGAAAAUUGACCAAGCCUUGAGGUAAUUCCGUGCGGGAGAAAAUCUGCUCUCGGAGCCAGCACUUCAGUACUUAACAGAGCCUAUGACAACAAGCCCAUAUUGCUGUUCCAGCAAUCACAACCCAAUCAAUGCAAUUCACCAUAUCAACGGACUAAUGAAGGAAAACCAUAUGAUCGCCCGGUGUUCUCCAGAUGAGAAGCUGAAGCCCAGGGUGGAGAAAAUACAUUCUCAGUGUAACAAAUCUGGUGUGACAGAUCUGACAAAUCCAGAUUUAGAAUCCAGCUCUCCAGACCUCAGAGUUGUGUGGACCUAUCAUCCCACGGUGGGAGCCAGAGAAGGCUCUAAACUAUAG